AUGUCGGUAUCGACAGACUCCAUUGCUAGCCCGGACCGCGCGGGAAACAAGAACACGCUGUGUGUGUGCGACCUGGAUGCAUUGGUCUCGGAAGCGCAUUUGCAGGCGGCUUUCACGGGUGGGAGCCACUCUCCCCCGGUUUCCGCGAUGGUUAUUCGAGACCAAUUAACCCACCGCUCACUGGGAUAUGGCAUUGUGCUUUUCCGCUCGGAAUCAGACGCAGUUGCGGCAAAAGAUGCUGCUCAACCGCUUUUUGUUGGCCCCAAUCUGUGCAGAGUUAUCGGUCCAUACAAAGAUGGCACUCUCACCCGGCCGCCACCCCGUCCGACUGGCGAGGGCAUCUUCAUCAAAAAUCUAGCGCCUGAUGUUGUCGCGCCUGAACUCUACCAGGAGUUUGCCCCCUAUGGCGAAAUUCUCGCUUGUCGCAUUGUACUAAGUGAUUACGGUCAAUCCAGGGGAAUGGCCUAUGUCACGUACUCGUCAAAAGAAGCCGCCCUUAAAGCUAUCGACGCAGUAAACGGCGAAACCCUCCACAACAGGAAACUCUAUGUUGGGCCCAAUCUUCCUCGACACGAGCGCUUGCAUCGUUACGAUGACUCCAAGGAGGAGUUCACGAACAUUUUCGUCACCGGCGUUGCUUCUUCUGUUCCCGAGCAUGACUUUUAUGAAUCAUUUGCAAAAAUUGGCGCGGUAGAUGCAUAUUCAAUGCCCCUCGACCAAUUCGGCCAACCCCGUGGCUUUGGUUUCGUCAAUUAUAAACAUCAUAAAGACGCAGUUCGCGCAAUUGAAGAGCUCGACGGAAAGCUUGUUAUUGGCGGCAGAACUUUAGGCGUUACCCGUGCGCAGCAAAAACCAUCCGCAGACCAAAAUUCCUCGAACAACGCUCACGCUAAUCAGCAUCCUGGCUCGGACUCCCAUCCUCAACCCUCAUCGGCAGGAAGCUCUAAAGAUGAUGCUGCUGCUAGUUGCAACCUCUACAUUCGUCAUAUCGACCGAAUUGUCACCGACUCAGUACUUGAAUCAGCUUUUGCAGACUAUGGGCCUGUAGUCUCCGCCAAAAUUAUGCGCGACGAGCGAGGCGGCUCCCGCGGUUAUGGGUUUGUAUGUUUUGAAAACCCUGAAAGUGCACAGGCGGCUAUCAAAGGUAUGAACGGUACUGUUGUGUGGGGGCAGGCCCUCUAUGUUGCUCUCGCCCAACGUCGAGAUCGUGGUCCACGUCGUAUGCGUGGCCCUUACAAUAAUGUGCCCUUUACCAUGGGCGUACCAUCUGUAAUGCCAAUGGUGCCUUCGCCCUAUUAUUACUGGGGUGUUGGCGUUCAUGGAGCUCCGGUUGCUAUUCCUGCUCCUGCCAUGGUCCCCGGCCAAGAUGGCAAUACAAUGGCGUCACUUCAGACAUCAAUGGCUCAGAUGCAGCUCGCUCAACCCAAAACCGGGUCUCCAAGCACAAUGACUUCUAAAGAAACUAGUGAUGAUGGCAAUUUGUCCCGCAGCUCCAAUAACUGGAACCGGUCUUCUCAGCAGUCACAGUCGCAGCAUCGGGCAUGGUCUCCCAACAUGUCCAGAAAAACUCGCCGUCAGCGAGAUUUCCAGCCCUCGCUCGCUGCUGCUGUUGCAUCAGCCGAGAAUGAAGCCGCCGAAAAACAAGUGGUUGGUGAGGCUCUUUACCCCAAGGUUCUGAAGCACCCGGCAGUUGAUAGCCCUGAACUUGCAAGCCGCUUAACAGGAAUUCUCCUUAAACAGAAAACGAGCGAGGUACUCGAAUGGGUCGAUAAUGAUUUUUUGCUUGCUAAGAUAGUUUAUCAAGCCCUCGAUGCCCUUCGUGAAUUCGAGGCCACAGCACCAGAUUCCUAA